AUGGGCAACCCAAUGACUGACGAAGAAUUAUUGCGUUUGUUAGAAAAUUCAGAUGAUGAUUUUGGCUUAAGUUCUGGUACUGAUUUGGGGGAAGGGGAUUCUGGUGAUGAUGAUUUUGAUCCAGAAUGGUCACUUCCGAUAUCACAACCCAAUAAUACAGUACAACAAGAAGAGGAAAAUAUAUCAGAUGUACCUAUUAUUUCUUCAUCGGGUUAUACAUGGAGUAAUAGACCACCUAUAGUGACACAUAUCCCGUUUUCAAAAUCCAAAGGAUUGAAGGUUUUUCCGCAAAGAAAUGACCCUAUUGGUUAUUUUAAUCUAUUAUUUGAUGAUAGACUUUUCGAGUUAAUAGUUAACGAAACCAAUAAAUAUGCAGUUGAAGUUUUUUUUAUCUGGAUCUGGGGGUCCAUCAUCUCGAAUUUCUACGUGGAAAGAUACAAAUAUACCAGAAAUGAAACUUUUUAUUGGUUUACUUUUUCACAUUUACUGAAAGUGAAUAUGAUGUGA